AAAAUAUUGUAAGCUCUCUCUCUUUCCUUCACUUUCUCAAACCGACAAAUCGAAAGGAGAUCGGCGAGACAAGAUGGCGGCCAGCAAGCACACUGUUUUGCAGUUCAAUGCGCCGUCAACGGCGAGCCUGUCGGCGAAGGUUCACCCUCUCGUCAUAUUGAACAUCUGCGAUUGCUACGUGAGGCGUCCCGACCAAGCCGAACGCGUCAUUGGCACGCUUCUCGGCUCCGUCCUCCCUGACGGCACCGUCGAUGUCUGUAACUCCUACGCCGUUCCUCACACCGAAUCCUCCGAACAAGUUGCUUUGGAUAUAGAAUACCAUCAUAAUAUGUUAGUCUCCCACCAAAAAGUGAAUCCGAAAGAAGUCAUUGUUGGAUGGUAUUCCACUGGGCUCGGAGUCAAGGGCGGUAGUGCAUUAAUCCAUGAUUUUUAUUCCAGGGAAGUACCUAACCCUGUUCAUCUGACAGUGGAUACGGGAUUUAGGAAUGGAGAGGGUACCAUAAAGGCUUAUGUUUCUGUCAAUUUAGCUCUUGGAGACCUACAGCUUGCUGCUCAAUUCCAAAAAAUUCCUCUUGAUUUACGUAUGCUUGAAGCUGAGCGACUUGGAUUAGACAUCCUCAAGACAACAGCAGUUGACAAACUGCCGAAUGAUUUGGAAGGAAUGGAAGUCACAAUGGAAAGACUGUUGGCUUUGAUAGAUGAUGUCUACAAAUAUGUUGAUGAUGUUGUGGAAGGGCGGGUUGCAGCGGAUAACAGCAUCGGUAGAUUUAUAGCAGAUACAGUAGCGUCCCUACCUAAACUAUCUCCUCCAGCCUUUGAUAAGCUUGUUAAUGACAGUCUGCAGGAUCAGUUGCUGUUACUAUACUUGUCAAGCAUCAUCAGGACACAACUCGGCUUAGCAGAAAAGUUGAACACAGCUGCUGAUCAGAUCUUGUAAACUUCUGUCCAAGCCAUUUGUUUCUUGCGCCAAGGCAAUCAUACUUUGUGGGUUGUGUCCAUUAUUUUCCGAGAAGGUCGUGGAAUACUUAUUCGUGGUUUUGAGUCGGUAAAAUUGCGCUGUAGCAUUUUCCAAGAAGACUUAAUGGACAUGUUCAAGUUUAUAUUAUUAACAAUCAGUUUUCUCUUCGUCUUU